CUCAGCGUGUAGCAUACAGCAUGGAGCCGCAAGUCGCUGAGCUGAAGAAGAAGAUUGAGGACACGUUGUGCCCUUUUGGCUUCGAGGUUUACCCCUUCCAGACAAAUCCCCCAUAAACACUCAUCACAGAGCAUCAGUAGAAAUUCAAUGAUUGAAUGAAUGAGAUGGAGGCUGGGCACAAUAUAUGAGACCUUGAAUGCCAGGUUAAGGUAUGUAUUUUCUGUUCCAGGUGGCAUGGUACAAUGCAGUCCUGCCUUCAGCCUUCCACCUGCCCCUGCCAGGACCUACCCUGGCCUUCCUGGUACUCAGCACACCUGCCAUGUUUGACCGGGCCCUCAAGCCCUUCCUGCAGAGUGGCCACCUCAAACCACUGACUGACCCUGUGGACCAAUGUGUGGCCUACCACCUAGGCCGUGUUAGAAAGAGCCUCCCAGAGCUGCAGAUUGAAGUUAUCGCUGACUACGAGGUACACCCCAACCGGCGUCCCAAGAUUCUGGCCCAGACAGCAGCCCAUGUGGCAGGGGCUGCUUACUACUACCAACGACAGGAUGUAGAGGCUGACCCCUGGGGAACCCAGCACAUAUCAGGUGUGUGCAUACAUCCCCGAUUUGGGGGCUGGUUUGCCAUCCGAGGGGUAUUGCUGCUGCCAGGAAUAGAAGUGCCUGAUCUGCCACUCACUAAACCCCUCGACUGUGUACCAACAAGAACUGACCGAAUCGCCCUGCUUGAAAGCUUCAAUUUUCAUUGGCGUGACUGGGCUUACAGGGAUGCUGUGACACCCCAGGAGCGCUACUCAGAAGAGCAGAAGGCCUACUUUUCCACACCACCUGCCCAGCGCUUGGCCUUGUUGGGCUUGGCCAAACCCUCAGAGGAGCCUAGUUCUGCAUCCCCCGAGCUUCUCUUUACCACACUGAUACCCAAAUCUCAGAAUCUCAGCAGAGCCAGGGGGUGGCUCAGCCCCAGGGUCUCACCACCUACAUCCCCUGGCCCUUGAUACCCUCCUCCCCUGUGGGAUCCCUAUUUAUACCAAUAGUACUUGCUAAGACUUAUCUGGCUUUGGCAAGGCAAAGGUUUUAUUUUGGCUAAAAGAUGAUUACUUUUGAUAAAAGAAUUAUAGUAGAGAUCUUCAAUGAAGAUAAUGAGGCUCAGAAGUCCGGUCAAGACAGAAAUCAAAGACUAAUCAAUAUUAGUUAAUAUUUCAAUAGGAAAAAAGACAAAGGCAGACUCUGAAUCCCCACCUGCCUUGUCAUAUGGAAUUAUUGCCUGUUACCAUUAGUCUGCAGUGCUACAUGUUACAAGGACAAAGGGGUAUUUAUUGCCUGUUACCGUUUAUCUGCAAUGCUCCAAGAUGUUACCUGAUAUAGGGCCUAAGGGACAACUAAUCCUCUAAGCAAUAAUAUAAAUAAAUAAUGUAUCAUAG